AAAAAAGGUUGUACAGGUAGUAGUACAUUCUUAUCACAGUCGAAAACCAUAUAAUAAGGCACUUAUCCACGAGAAGUUGCACUUAUAACACUGUCACAUCUUUAUACUUCUGUUUUAAUAUAAAACUGGCACACAUGGAAAAUUUAGAAAAAAUAAAAACUAUUUGGAGAAUUGCGGAUGCAAUAACUUUUGACGUAGAUUCUACUGUUAUCAAAGAUGAAGGUAUAGAUGAACUUGCCAAAUUUUGUGGCAAAGGCAAACAAGUUACUGAAUUAACAAAGCAAGCAAUGCAAGGAAAUAUGACAUUCCAACAAUCUCUUUCAGUAAGAUUAGGUAUUAUAAAACCUAGUUUAUCACAGAUUAAAGAAUUUAUACAAGUACAUCCUCCACAGCUUACUCCGGGAAUAAAAAAUUUGAUAAAAACAUUGCAUUCACAUAAAAAGGAAGUAUUUCUUGUUUCUGGUGGAUUCCAUUGUUUAAUACGUUCAGUUGCAGAACAACUUGAUAUACCACCUAAAAAUAUUUAUGCAAAUAGACUUAAAUUUUAUUUUACAGGAGAUUAUGCAGGCUUUGAUGAAAAUGAACCAACAUCAAAAAGUGGUGGUAAAGCUGAAGUUAUCCGUCUUCUUAAAGAAGAGAAAGGAUUUAAAACUAUUGUCCAUAUUGGAGAUGGUGCAACAGAUUUAGAAGCUUCUCCUCCAGCAGAUGCAUUUAUAGGUUUUGGAGGAAAUGUAAUUAGAGAAAGUGUUAAAUUAAAUUCAAAAUGGUUUGUUACAACUUUUGAUGAACUUAUAAAUAAUUUGUAAUUUUAGAUAGGAUAAUAAUAAUUUGUACAAAUAUAAUGCAAUUAAAUUAUUUUUAUGAAUUAUA